AUGCGGGAGGCCACCAUGCGGGAGGCCACCAUGCGGGAGGCCACCACCUUGCGGGAGGCGCAGUAUGGAACCACACCAGACUGUGCAGGGUACAAGGCUUCAUGUACUACUAAGAAAUCUGCCGUUGACUGCUGGGACGCCAAGAUCACCCACCAAGACAUCGGAGAUGAAUACGAAGGACAGUCUCGCGUGAUUGGGCCUUUCCGAUGGCGGUCGUUAUCUUUUCAUGCCAUUACAACAAUGUGA